CCUCCUGAAAGCGGCCACCAAAAGUCUUGAGUCACGUGGGGUGGUCCCACGUGAUUGGAGGUCCCGGGUCCAACAUGGCGGCCUCCAUGGGUCGCUGGCUUGUCUUCCUCUUUGCGCUGCUCGGCUUCCUCCGGGAGGCGACCAGCAGCCUCGGCUCGGGGGCCUCCCGCGACGAUGACUUGCUGCUGCCCUACUCCCACGCGCGCGCGCGCUUCGCCCGGGACUGCACGAGGGUGCGCGCCGGCAGCCGCGAGCACGAGAGCUGGCCACCUACCCCGGCGACCCCCAGCCCCCGCGGUCUGGCGGUGCGCGCCUUCGUUUCACACUUCUCGGAUCGCGCGGUGGCUGGCCAUCUGACGCGGGCAGCGGAGCCCCUGCGUACCUUCUCGGUGCUGGAGCCCGGUGGGUCCGGCGGCUGCGCUUCGAGGCGCCGCGCCACCGUGGAGGAGACGGCGAGGGCGGCUGGCUGCAGCGUCGCCCAGAACGGCGGCUUCUUCCGCAUGGACACGGGCGAGUGCCUGGGGAACGUGGUGAGCGACGGGCGCCCGGUGAGCAGCGCCGGGGGGCUGCAGAACGCGCAGUUCGGGAUCCGCCGCGACGGGACCCUGGUCACCGGGUACCUGUCUGAAGAGGAGGUGCUGGACACUAAGAACCCAUUUGUGCAACUGCUGAGUGGGGUCGUGUGGCUGAUCCGCAAUGGAAGUGUCUACAUCAACGAGAGCCAGGCGGCCGAGUGUGAUGAGACACAGGAGACAGGUUCUUUUAGCAAAUUUGUGAAUGUGAUGUCAGCCAGAACGGCAGUGGGACAUGACCGGAAGGGGCAGCUGGUGUUCUUCCACGCAGAUGGGCAGACGGAGCAGCGGGGCAUUAACCUGUGGGAGAUGGCAGAGUUUUUGCUGAAACAGGAUGUGGUCAACGCCAUCAACCUCGAUGGAGGGGGCUCCGCUACCUUCGUGCUCAAUGGGACCUUGGCCAGUUACCCAUCAGAUCACUGCCAGGACAACAUGUGGCGCUGUCCGCGCCGCGUGUCUACUGUGGUGUGUUUGCACGAGCCCCGCUGCCAGCCGCCUGACUGCAGCGGCCAUGGGACCUGUGUGGAGGGGCGCUGCCAGUGCACGGGGCACUUCUGGCAGGGCGCUGCCUGCAACAAGCUGGACUGUGGCCCCUCCAACUGCAGCCAGCACGGGCUUUGCACAGAGACUGGCUGCCGCUGUGAAGCUGGAUGGACGGGGUCCAACUGCAGUGAAGCCUGCAGCAACGGCUCCUUCGGGGAGGACUGCGCCAUGAGGUGCCAGUGUCAGAAUGGAGCUGCCUGUGACCCAGUUGGGGGGACAUGCACCUGCCCUCCUGGCUUCACUGGACAUACCUGUGAGCAGGAGUGUCCCCUCGGCUGGCACGGGCCAGGCUGCCAGAGGCGUUGCGAAUGUGAGCACCAGUGUCCGUGUGACCCCCAGACCGGCAGCUGUAGCCUGGCCCAGGCGCCAGCCCUUAACAGCAUCCUCUCCCAAGUGAAGCAGUGUUUCCGGCCAUCCGAGGCCACCCUGAGGACAGGAGAACUCUCCCUUCUCACCGGGGCUUUGGCCACAGAUUCACGUGAAGGAAUGCAAGGAUCAUUGGAAGCCCUCGCCAGCUCCACAGGAGGGAGGCAGGGGUGCUGUUCUCCACACUCUGCUUUGAGGACCACCUGGCUGGCCCUCACCUUGGCCCUAGUUUUCCUUUUGCUGAUCAGCACGGUGGUGAACGUGUCCUUGCUCCUUGGUUCAAGAGCAGAGCGGAGCCGGCAUCUGGAUGGGGCCUAUGUUUACCACCCGCUGCAGGAGAUGAAUGGGGAGCUCCUGGCCGGGGAGAAGGAACAGCAGGGUGAUGCCCACAACCCCUUCAAGGACUGAAGCCUCCAGCUUCCCGUCAAAGCCUGCUCUGAAGGCUCAUUUUGUUACGGUCUGACUUCCACAAGGGACGUUUCAGGACCGCUGACCAUCUGGGUGAUCUCAGCCCUGGUGCCAAGCCAAGCUUCUGAUAGCACCUGUGCCUCAGCCCCUCAUCUGGCCCUGGGCUCUCACCUGGUCACCUGCUGUGACCCAUGCAACCCUAGCAAUACAGUGCUCCCUGGAGAGAGACCGCUCCUUCCCUGCCUGCCUGUGUCUGCUGCCUGUGAGGGCUGCUCUGCUGCCCAAGAGCCUCCGGCCUCCUGAAGCAGGAGCUGUUAGCGAUGGAACUCGCUGUGACCGCACCAUGUCUGAGUGGCAGGGUCCAGCCAGCCCCCCUGGGCAGGGGUGCAUUAAAGAGACGAUGGCUACAUCACGGGAUCCUUUUCCACAGACCUCAUCAUGGAAUUUGCCAAUUAGAAUUCUGUUUCCUAUCAUAGGAAGCUCCUUGGAGGGGACAGGGGAUGAAAUCAUGUUUACAAGCUUUCUAUUUUGGCAUCCAGCCGCCAAGACAGUUUUUCUACCACUUGAAUAAAUUGAUGUAAUUAAAGGA